AUGAGAGUGAGUGAGGUCCACGCUGCGGACUCUGUCAGCUACCUGAACGGGGCCCUGAUGAAGCUGCAGGAGAUCUGGGAUGAAAUCGGGAUUCCUGAAGAGCAGCGGCUGCGGAGAACCAACGAGGCUCAUAAACAUGUUAAAAACCUGGUUUUCCUGCUUCACGUUUAUUUGCAGGAGGAGGAAGGCUGUACCAUCCUGCAGAUGGAGAAGGACUGCUGCACUCGAGUAAAGAUUUUGAAAGAGAAAAAGAAACAGCGACUGGAUGAGCUUAAAGUCCUGGUUGCCAAAGACCGGGAGCUGUGUGACAUCAUGUGUACCACCCCCUUCACUAUUGACCAGAACUCGGUCCCAUCAGUGCAGCAGCUUCAGGCCUACAGUAGCUUCCUUGAUGAGCGCACCAAAGAGAAGGAGCGUCGUCACGAUGAAUUCACCAACACCAAAAAGGAGAUCGUUGCUUGCAUGAACGACCUGGAGCAGAAUCCUGAGAUUAGUUUUGAGAUGGAUGUGAUGUGUGGAGAUGAGGAGGCGUUUUGUCUGUCGAAGGACAACAUCACAGCCCUGAAGCUUCUUCUCAGUCAGCUAAUGUUGGUCUGGCACUGCUUAAGGAUAGACAGUGGCGCCCUCUUCUGGAUGUCAGCCAAACAACAACACUGA